ACCCUCGAAGAACUUCUCUUCGACGCCGCCAAUCUCUCUGGCGAUGAAGACGAUGACAACGAGAACAAGACCCAGCUCGCCAAAGAAGAAUCCAAGCUCGAGAAGGACAUCAUCCGGGUCAUUCUCAGCGGCAAGACCGAUUCCCUCAAACCCAAUUCGGGUCAGGCCGUGACGAUUGGGGAGCAUCACAUUUGUGUCGGGUUUCAUGAGGAGACGGGUUCGGAUUAUCGGGUCUGGGAGUGGCAUGGGCAUAUCAUGCUCUUCGAUGAAGAAAAUGGAUACACUCCAGAGUAUAUAUAUGGGAAUUACUUUGAGAGACUGAUUGGCAAGGCUCGUACUGGCAGUAGUGGUGCUCGUGUUGAGGAGGAGGCUAAGGAGGAAGAGGAGGACAAAGAGCAGGUGGGAAAUUUGGGGCUCAGGGAAUUGAUUGAUGGUGGGGAUUCGGGUCAGGGUCGGAUUCUUCAUCGGAAUAUCAAUGCUGGUUCUUCAAGGGUUUAGUGGAGAUCAAAGAUUUGGUUUGCAUAAGAAGUAUUAAAGAAGGAGCUAGCAAUGAUCUUCUCAUUUCAUUGUUUACUUGGGGUGGGAGAUCAAGGCUACUUAUCAAUUUAGAAUGGUAUUUGUAUGCUGUUUUCUGUUAGCUUUUGUUUGACUUUCAAUACGUUGGACAGUACAGAAGAGGAAGAAGAUAUGUUUUGUGAGACUUCAUUAUGUUAAAGUAGUUUUUGAUUAGCUUAUCAAUGGACGAAAAUGGUGCAUCCAUCUUUGAUUUUA